AUGUGGUUCGAGCUCGAGUCCCGAGGCGCAUUUUUAUUUCUGAUCCUGUUCGCAAGGCAAGCGAGUGCCCUGAAAUACCUUUUCGUGCCUGAGGAUGAUGAUUUCUUUGCUGACUGCCCAAAAUCAUCGAGUAAUGUUCUAAAUGUUCACGGAAUGGCUGACAUGUCGAAGCUAACCUUAGCGCGUAAUAACGGAAAAAUAUCUAUUUCGGGUAAUUCUACCAUGAUCUGGAAUAUUAAGCCGGGCGAUCGCAUUGAGAUGGUUGGUAAAUUGUAUCAGUUUGUCCGUGGCAAAUGGCUGCAAACGCCCUUCAGUAUGACAGUGCCCGACAGCUGUCCACUUCUCUAUGAUAAGCCGCAGUACUGGUAUAAGUAUUGGACACGACAUAUAAUCAAUGCAGAAGACAUAAAGGACAAAUGUUUCUACCCCGGAACGAAAUUGAUUCAUGAGCCCUUCGACGUAAACGUGGUAAUGCAGUUUACUGGAUUGCCUCUAAGUGGACGAUACAAAAUUGUCACAACAUUUAAGGCAUUUGACCAAAAAAAUGUGCAGCGCGACACUAGCAUAUGUAUAGAAGUAUUUGGAGAAUUCGAAAGGAUAAACUGA